AUGUCCGGCGACCCCUACGAGUACUGCCACAGCCACAAUGUUACGUACGAGAACUACAAUCAGUUCUACGACAAGGAGCACUUCAAUUGGUGUCAUGUCCUUGAUUCUGGCUAUGAUACGAUCCUGUUCGCCAGUGUGGGUGUGCUGAUCGCGUGCAUCGUGCCACGAAAAUGGUCAGCCAUUGUUGCGCUUUUGGCAGGCGGCCUCCUGCAGUCACUGAAUUUGGAGGUCAACCUUCUGAGCUUCGGCAACUCAAUGAACCUGUGGCUGGGGAUGCAGCCAGCAAUGCUCUUCUUCUACAUCUUUCUACCUCCCUUGUUGCUAGAAGAUGCUGUUCGGAUCGAAUUUUUCGUCUUCAAGAAGGUCAUCCUCCAAGUGUUCGUGUUUGCCUUCUUGGUGGUGGUCUUCAGCACUGGGCUGAUAUCUGCAUUCAUUCGCCUUGUCUUGGGCAAUUUGAGAGAAGAGUUUGAAUGGUCAUGGGGCCAUUCUUUGCUGUUUUCCUCCAUGGUUGGCAUCACUGACUCUGUAUCAGUGUCAGCAGCACUGCACCAAGGCGGAGGCCCAGAGCAUUUGAUGGUCCUCCUUGAAGGGGAGUCACUUUUCAAUGACGCGACGGCGAUCGUGCUCUUUGAUGUGUUUCGCAAGUACGUCAGCAGUGGUGAGAAAGAUGGCAACGUGGCCUUGGGCGAGUUGAUUCUGGACGUCACCAAAGAAAUUUGCAGACUGGCAUUGGGAGGCAUCAUCGUUGGUCUUGUGACAGGAAUCCUGACAAGAUACAUCCUCAAGCUUCUCCAACGCCAGAAGAAGUUCAUGCCCGCUGCUGAAGUUGGUGUCACCAUCGUUGGCUCCUAUUUGAGCUACUACCUGGCGAAUGGGCCCUUUGACGUGUCAGGUGCCACAGCCGUGGUCGUCUAUGGACUCUAUGGAUCGGCCACACUGUACUGGGAGAUAUCACCACAGACAAGGGAACUGAAGAUGUUCCGCCACUUUUAUGACAUCUUCACCCUGAUGAUCAAUGGCGUUGUGUUUUUCUUCGCCGGAGCCUCCGCAAUGAACUUUUUCGUCAGGACUGCAGAGAACUUGGGCAAGCGUGACGAUUGGAGCACAUUCUACGAGACCGUCAUGUUCCUGCCUGUGAUCUAUGUCGUCAUCUUCAUCCUGCGCUAUUGGCUCAUAUACCUCAUCAGCCCCAUCCUGAACUUGAGCUCUGCUAAGUUGUCCUGGAGGGAUGUGACUUUUGUGUGCAUGGCGGGCCUCAGAGGCACAGUAUCGCUCAUUCUGGUACAAGAGGUGGUGACACAUUCCAGCCCCCACCAGAGUGAUAGGACAAAUAAGAUCCAGGCCGAGAUGUCGCUGUGGACAUCCGGCUUUGUGCUGAUGACCAUCGUCAUAAAUGGGCCUAUGAUCCCCUACCUGUUGUCAUGCCUGCGCCUCAACACUCCCACCGUCAUCCAACGCCAGAUCAAAGUGAGGGCCGAAAGGGCACUGACAAACUACACAGAGUCGUUCAUCAAGGCGAUCAGGGGCAACAAGGAUGAAAUGCUGCGUGGGGUGAACUGGCACAAGGUGAGGGAGUACGUGUGUGACAGCGAGACUGUUGAAGAUGAUGUACCACAGCAAUUGUCCAAAGCCAGGUCCCGAGGCAAACUGCUGGACGCAGAAAAAUGGGACUUAUUGGAGUCCAUGCGGGCACCACUUCUUGCAGGCCACAGCUCUGGCGAAGUCAGAGAUGCAGCAGCGUCCUCCAAUGAGGGGGAUCGCAUCAAGGCUCUGGAUGCGCAGCUGCAAGAGCGCAACGAUGACGAUGACGACCUUGCAUUUGCCAUGACCUCUCCUGCAGUGAAGUACAAGCAGGAAACUGAGCUACCUCAGGGACACACUGAGCAAACUGUCCUUGCUCCUCGCCCUGAAGCAGGCAUCCAGCUCCUGCCAGAAUGGGUGCAUUGCGUCACUGAUGAGGUCGUCAUGGUUGUUGGGUCUAAGAGAGGAGGCAGCCACCAUGCAUCUGUAUCAUCGUCCCUUAACUCUAUGGGUGGUGGCAACAGCACAUUCCAGGAACCAGAGGGUCCCAAGCAAGCUGUCAGGCGUCCAAGAGCACUUCCACAAGGAUGGAGUGAUCAGAACGAUUCUGAGGUGGGUGGAUCAUCUCAUGGUGCUCUGGCUGGGUCCACAUCCCCAUCUGACGUGGCCAUCAAUAUGGGGUCUCGUGGGUUGGACCGAUGCAUGUCCUACAACACUGUCAAGACACGCUACCGUGGCAGGAAGCUUACCAGGUUCCCGUCACUCUACACUUGGAACAAACAGCUUGUGGCUGAAGCUCGAGCAAGGUUUGUGACAGGCAUCAAGCACAGCUUUUGUGAACGGAGGAAUCUUGGCCUCAUAUCCAGUCGCGGUCUAAGGGUGCUGGAAUGGGCUUGCGAUGUGACCAUCGAGAGGUCAGAUGAACCCCUGGGGAUUUGGUCACUAAUGUUCGAUGACGUCUGCAAGCAGCUUUGGACGGUGAUCUUGUCAAAGUUGGCAUACGUUUUGCGGAGGAUGAUUUUGGGCGUCAGAACGGCUCCAGUGUGCUUCCGUUAUCCUUGGCUUCCUAUCCUCAACUAUCUUCAAAGCAUGGUAAACCGUGUUGUGAACGACCGACUUUUCUUGGCCCUUGAGCUGGCGAUCGAGUACUGGCUUGCGCUCAAGGCAUACAAGGCACAAAUAUCCUUGUGUGGGGCAGAGUCCAAUGCGCAAAUUUUCGAUGCUGAAAUCAAGAAAGAGGCCACGGAGGUUUGGCAGUUCAUCAUCGACAGAGAGAUCGAAGCUCCUGAGCGCUUCCAGGCCAUCCAGACAUUCCGUACAAUUGUGGCUGUCCUUAGGCAGCAGCGUGUGUACAUCCAUCAACUGCACAUGAAUGGGAUGAUCCAGGAGAGACAGGAGACAAAGAUGCGCGAAGAACUGGAUCUGAAGAUUAGAAUACUGUACAGGAGGGGUCCCAGAUGGAAGACACCACUGGCGUCUGAGGUCCUUCGAACUGUCGACUUCUUGGCAGAUGCGCCUCAGGCAGUUUUUGAGCGCAUUCUUGCCAGCGGCCACCUGUGGCUUUACUCAGAAGGCAAACACCUUGCAGAGGGAAGCCUGCACAUCAUCAUUAGUGGCCUUCUUCGAGGCACUUUCGUAAACAGCCAAGGCACCGAACGCGAAUUCUACCUUGGGCAUGGUGGUGUCCUUGGCUUGCUCACAGCGCUGAUCGGUGGACGCUAUGAAGGCAUGGGGCCCAUCUUUGCAGAGAAGAACGCCCUCGGGCGGGGGCCAAUCAUCCUGACCCUGCCUCCCACCAUUCUGAAGUACAUCCGCAGGAAGGCUGCUGGUGGGGACAUGAUUUACCAGCAUCUCCAACUGAACAUGUUUCGAAGCGCCGCACUACACCUCUUGGAGGUGCUGCAGGAGGACAUUGUGGAGGCAGCGGCUGGAGCAAUAAUGAACUCGCAGGAUGGUGAAGAGGCUCCAAGUAGCAAGCCUUUGAUUGGAGACACCAAGCACAAGGAAGCGCCCACCACGAGUAAUCUCAGGGAUAUGAUGCAAUCGCACCUAAGGAGUGCUCUGUUGGAGGCGGAUGACAUGAACGACGAUGUAACGGCAUAUGAAGCCCCUGAGCCGGGUGCAGUCGUUGUCGACCCAAGCACUGCACAAAAUGAUGCCAUAAAGUUGUACUACGACCAGGGGCACAAAGUGUACGAGGACCUUCGCGAGGGACUGUCGGAGGGCGACCUGGUGGUGGCCCCUCCCAAGGGCGUGAUCCAGUACAGCAGGGGCAUGCUGGUCCUCCAGGGUUCCAUCAUUGCAAUAUCGACUUCCGACUCGCCAACACAGCCGUCCGCCGCCGCGCCGGGCGGCGACGACGACGGCGCAGAGGGCGAGGGCGGCUGCGAAUUCUGGGCGCCGUGCAUCCUGCCGGUGCUGCCCGGGAGCCUGGACGCCACCCCCCGGACCUUCCUGGCGGGCGCCAACGGCGCGAUCAUCGUCGCGUGCCCGGAAGGCGCGGGCGGCGAAGGCAAGCAGGCAAAGCCCGGCGCAGCAUCCAGAGCCUGA